AUGGCAAGCUUAGUUAUUGCAACUGUUCCCAACCUUACCAUCGAUCAAUCUGCUCUUCUUGCCUUAAAAGCUCAAAUUUCUUAUGACCCUUACAAUGUUUUGACAAACAACUGGUCCACCAACUUCUCUAUUUGCAACUGGGUCGGUAUCACUUGUGGUUCCAACCAUCAUCGAGUCAUCGCAUUAAACCUUUCUUACAUGGAUCUUGUAGGCACCAUUCCUCCACAUUUGGGAAACCUUUCAUUUCUUUCUAGUCUAAACAUUGAAAACAACAGUUUUCAUGGCUCUAUUCCAAACGAGUUGUCUCAUCUCUACCGGUUGAAAAUAAUUGAUCUUAGUCAUAACCAACUUUCGGGCUCCAUUCCAUCCUCAAUCUUCAACAUAUACAGCUUGAAACAUAUUUAUCUCUAUGACAACAUGCUUUCUGGUCUGAUUCCGUCCAUUAUUUCCAACAUUUCAUCAUUGCAAGUCAUUCACCUAGAAGCUAAUAAGCUUUAUGGUACUAUUCCACACACUUUGUUCAAGUGCAAACAACUGCAAUAUUUAUCAUUAGCGAAUAAUAAUUUAAGUGGAAGUGUACCUUUGGAAAUUGGGGACUUAACCAUGCUCAGAGAUUUAUACCUUUACAACAACGUCUUUGGAGGUACUAUUCCACCCACUUUGUUCAAGUGCAAACAACUGCAAAUUUUAUCUUUGUGGAAUAAUAAAUUUACGGAAAGAGUACCUCAAGGAAUUAAAAACUUAACCAUGCUCAUAGCGUUAGGCCUUUCUCACAACAACUUUGGAGGUGCAAUACCAAGUGAAAUUGGAAAUCUUCAAAGCAUUAAGCUCUUUGAUGUCAGUUUCAACAACUUUAUUGGUCCAAUUCCAUUUGAGAUAUUUAACAUCUCAACAGUACAAGUAAUUUCAGUGGUUUGCAAUAACUUCUCAGGCCAUCUUCCAUCAAAUGUAGGCCUCUUCCUUCCAAAUCUCCAGCAACUUAUUCUUUGGGAAAAUCAACUAAGUGGAGCAAUUCCUAGCUCUAUCUCUAAUGCUUCACAACUCACUCUGUUAGAUUUGAGUGACAACUCAUUUUCAGGCUUAAUUCCUAAAGCACUUGGUAAUUUAAGGUUCCUUACAGGGCUUGGCGUAGCAAACAAUAAUUUGACCAUUGAAUCUUCUACUCCAGAGUUCAACUUUUUCUCUUCUUUGUCAAAUUUGACAUAUCUAAAACAGUUACAGUUGUCAGAACUUUACAUAGAUCAUUGCAAUAUUAAGGGCAACAUUCCAAGAGAUAUAGGCAAUUUAAGCAACUUGAUGACUUUGUCUCUACAGUUUAAUGAAUUGACUGGACCUAUUCCAACUACUGUGGGAAAAUUGCACAAGCUUCAAGGAUUGAGAGUUGAUAAUAAUAGACUAGAAGGUCUCAUCCCAUUUGAUCUUUGUCAUUUAGAGAGCUUGUUUGAGUUGAAUUUAGGUCAUAAUGAGCUUUCUGGACCUAUUCCUACAUGUGUAAAUAAUCUAACUUUUCUAAGAUAUCUUUAUUUACACUUCAACGAAUUAACAUCUGAGAUUCCCUUGAGUUUGUGGAGCCUCUCUUAUAUCUUAAAGGUCGACUUGUCAUCAAAUUCUCUAAAUGGCUCUCUCUCAUUAGAGAUUAGAAAUUUGAAGGUGUUGAUGGAAUUGGAGUUAUCAAGAAAUCAACUAUCUGGUGAUAUCCCAACAACAAUUGGUGACCUCAACGAUUUAGUUAAUCUUUCAUUGGCGGACAAUAGAUUAGAAGGCUCAAUUCCUGAAUCUUUUAGUAAAUUGAUAAGUUUGGAAUUCUUGGAUCUUUCCAUUAACAAUUUAUCUGGAGAGAUUCCUAAGUCCUUAGAAGGACUUUCACAACUCAAGUAUCUAAAUGUCUCUUCAAAUAGACUGGAAGGAAAAAUUCCUGUAGGAGGACCAUUUGUAUACUUCUUUGCUGCAUCAUUUAUGUCAAAUGAUGGACUUUGUGGUGCUCCUCGAUUGCAAGUUCCCCCAUGUAAAGAAGGUGCUUCUCGACCCAAAAAUACCGCAGUAGCAUCUAUACUAAAGUAUGUAUUACCAACAAUUGGGUUAACAAUGCUUGUAGUUGCUUUUGUAUUAGAAUGGACAAGACGCCAAAAAAGGAAUGCAAAACUUCUGGUGGAGACAAACUCACCACAACUAGCGACAUGGAAAAUAAUUUCCCAACAAGAACUUUUUCAAGCAACAAAAGGGUUCAAUGCAAGCAACUUACUUGGUAAAGGGAGCUUUGGAUUAGUAUACCAAGGGACCCUUUCAGAUGGUAUGAUUGUUGCAAUAAAAGUUUUCAACUUGGUAGUAGAAGGGGCAUUCAAAAGUUUUGAAACUGAGUGUGGGGUACUACGCAACAUUCGUCAUCGGAAUCUUAUUAAAAUCAUCAGCACGUGUAGUAACAAUGACUUCAAAGCUUUUGUAUUGGAAUACAUGCCUAAUGGGAGCCUACAAAAGUGGUUGUAUUCUCAAGACUGUUGUUUGAGUAUCUUACAAAGACUAAAUAUAAUGAUUGAUGUCGCAUCAGCACUAGAAUACCUUCAUUAUGGUUAUUCAACACCUAUUGUUCAUUGUGAUCUGAAGCCUAGCAAUAUCUUAUUAGAUGAAGAUAUGGUCUCACAUGUUGCUGAUUUUGGAAUUGUCAAACUGUUAGGUGACAAAGAUUCUAUGAUGCAAACCAUGACUCUUGCUACUAUUGGGUAUAUGGCACCAGAGUAUGGAUUGGAAGGAAUUGUUUCAACAAGUGGCGAUGUGUAUAGUUAUGGUAUUUUGCUUAUGGAAACUUUCACAAGAAAGAAACUACUGAUGACAUGUUUGGUGGAGAAAUGA